GGCCGCCCCUGCACCCCCGCCCCCUCCCCCGCCCGCCGCGGCCGCCGCCGCGGCCGCCGCCUCCUCCCCGCGGCUCCGUCUGCCGCCGCCGCCGCAGCCGGGCUCCGGGGCUGACAAGCAGGUGACAGAGGAGCCGGCGCGCGUGGCUGAAAGUGCCCGGGAGAGCGCGGCGCGGGCUGCAGCCGCCCCGGCCCGCCCGCGCGACGCCGGGGCCCGGGGCCAGCGCGCCGCCGCUCCACGCUUGCCUGGGGCAGCGGGCGGCCCCAGCCGCAGCCCCAGUCCCAGCCCCAGCCCCAGCCCCAGCCCCGCGGGGGCCGCGCCUCCCGGGCUCCAGGGCUGCGGCGGCGGCGAACGGCGGACCGGAGGGCGGGCGGGCGAGCAGCCCGGCCAGCGGGGUCCGCAGCGCGCCCCGCGUCCCAUGGAUAUAGCAACAGGUCCCGAGUCGCUGGAGAGGUGCUUCCCUCGCGGGCAGACGGACUGCGCCAAGAUGUUGGACGGCAUCAAAAUGGAGGAGCACGCCCUGCGCCCCGGGCCCGCCACUCUAGGGGUGCUGCUGGGCUCAGACUGCCCGCAUCCCGCCGUCUGCGAGGGCUGCCAGCGGCCCAUCUCCGACCGCUUCCUGAUGCGAGUCAACGAGUCGUCCUGGCACGAGGAGUGUUUGCAGUGCGCGGCGUGUCAGCAAGCCCUCACCACCAGCUGCUACUUCCGGGAUCGAAAACUGUACUGCAAACAAGACUACCAACAGCUCUUUGCGGCCAAGUGCAGCGGCUGCAUGGAGAAGAUCGCACCCACCGAGUUCGUGAUGCGGGCGCUGGAGUGCGUGUACCACCUGGGCUGCUUCUGCUGCUGCGUGUGCGAGCGGCAGCUGCGCAAGGGCGACGAGUUUGUGCUCAAGGAGGGCCAGCUGCUGUGCAAGGGCGACUACGAGAAGGAGAAGGACCUGCUCAGCUCCGUGAGCCCCGACGAGUCCGACUCCGUGAAGAGCGAGGAUGAGGAUGGGGACAUGAAGCCGGCUAAGGGGCAGGGCAGCCAGAGCAAGGGCAGCGGGGAUGACGGGAAGGACCCACGGAGACCCAAGCGACCCCGGACCAUCCUCACCACGCAACAGCGAAGAGCCUUCAAGGCCUCCUUUGAGGUCUCGUCCAAGCCCUGCCGGAAGGUCCGAGAGACGCUGGCGGCUGAGACGGGCCUCAGCGUCCGCGUGGUCCAGGUCUGGUUUCAGAACCAAAGAGCAAAGAUGAAGAAGCUGGCGCGGCGCCACCAGCAGCAGCAGGAGCAGCAGAACUCGCAGCGGCUGGGCCAAGAGGUCCUGUCAAGCCGCAUGGAGGGCAUGAUGGCCUCCUACACGCCACUGGCCCCGCCGCAGCAGCAGAUCGUGGCCAUGGAGCAGAGCCCCUACGGCAGCAGCGACCCUUUCCAGCAGGGCCUCACGCCACCCCAAAUGCCAGGUGACCACAUGAACCCCUAUGGGAACGACUCCAUCUUCCAUGACAUCGACAGCGAUACCUCCCUAACCAGCCUCAGCGACUGCUUCCUGGGCUCCUCAGACGUGGGCUCCCUGCAGGCCCGUGUGGGGAACCCCAUCGACCGGCUCUACUCCAUGCAGAGUUCCUACUUCGCUUCCUGAGAGCCGGCUGGGCCCCAGGGACGCUUGGGCACAGGGCCGGGGUGAGAACGCUGGCCUCAGCCGCCACGCCGCCCCGCCUGCUGCCCGCACGGACUCUACAGACAGCCAUACAGUGCCCUCCCCUCGGCCAGCCGGGCCUGGCACAAGUGUCCGCUGGGCACAGCCAGACAGGCAGAUGGGCACAGCCUGGGCAGGAGCUGUGUCCUGCCCACAGAGACCUUGUCACCCCCAGGGACCCAGAGCUCUCAACAGCCACUCGCCGCCAGCCCCACUCGACUCCAUCGCCUUCUCCCUCCCCACCCCUUUUUUGGGAAGCUUAAAUUCUCUCUAUUUUUUUAAACGUCCUCUGUGUGUCCAGCCAACCUCCAUGGCCCCCUCCCCCCAUGUCAGCCCCAGGAUCAUGAUGUUGUGACACAGUCAGUGCCUGGCACCUGAGAGCCGUGGGUACCAGUGCCCAGCACUGUGCCCAUCUUUCCCUCCAGUGAGCACAGGGACCACUUCUGAGGGCCUGGGUAGCCCAGGACCACUCCUCCCAGCCUGAGCCUGGAGUGGAAGCAGGGAGGAACCCAGCAGGUGUGACAGGCAGACCCAAAGAGACAGACACACGCAUACCUACAGGCCCCUUCCAUGUGCGCAUGCGCACACCCUCAGAACCACUGAAAGAGGAGGAGGGAUGCUCUGUGGGUCAGUCUGGCCUUGUCAGGAAAGGGAAAGGUGGCCACAAGGGACAGGGAGAGGGAGGAAGAGGAGAGGCCGGUUGAGUUUGAAACGUGUAGGCCCAGGUGUUUCCUAACCUGGCCCAGGUGAGGCAGCCCAAGACCCAGCCAACUCUAAGGUCAGAGUUGGAGUCCCUGGACCCAGGGAGAAUCAGGCCAAACAGCAGGGCCUCCAGGCGCAAGGGACUCUAAGUUGCCUACUUGGCAUGCCAUCUGGUAUCUGGCUCCCGCCCAGCCUUCUCCGCCCUCCUCACAUGCCUCCAGUGACAAGAGCCCAGACAGUAGCCUCUCCUGCGGGUUGGCCUGUGUGUGUCUCAGUCCCUAGUCCCUGCGCCUCAGUGCCAGACUUCCCCAGCUCUCCAGCUCUUCCUCCGAGAGCUGUGCCCUAACUGGGCUCCCGCGUCCCCUCUGAAGGUGUGGGCAGCCAUAACUUUCCCGCCGACGUGAGACUGCCCACCUGGGCAGGCCCAUGGCCUUCCCUACUUCAGGUACCCUUCUGGUUAAUGUGACCUGAGAUCCAGCAAGUGGUUUGGGCCACUUGACCUUGGAAAUUCACACUGCCCUUCUGCCACGUACCCCCUGGCUUUGCACCAACGUGAUGACUAAGCCACACCUGUUCUCCAUGAGCAGGUAGGAUGGGAGGGGACAGUCAUUGUCUAGACACCUGAAGGACCACAGCUUGUUUCUGGUUACAGUUCCUCUUACUUGAUUCAGACAACCUGUGGGGUUUCUCUGCGACCCAACUCUGUGACCACUGACUUUCCCUCCCACCCAGACACUUCUGCCACCCAGAGGAGUGACCUGUGUGUCUCACCAGAGACACAGGGAACCUGUCCCCCUGUGGCAUUGGCUCCCUAACCAGUCCUCCUUGGGUGAUGGAAUCCAGGCACACUGGCCUCCCCAGCCCCUGGUUUCCUCAACUCCAUCCUGUCAGAGGAGGAAGUGAGGGCAAGCUGAUGGUCCUCAAUGAGCCCCUGCUGGCCCCUAGUGACCUCUGUGUCCUUGUCCAGGUGCUCACAACCCUGCCUUUAAAUCUGAAGUCCAGCUGAGGCCACCACCCUGAUGUCACCAGGUCCAACUUUUGAGCAAAUGAGAAUGGCAGGGUCUCCCCAUCCCCUGCCUUCCAGCCCCUCUGCCUGGCUCCCCCGGGGUCCUCCACGUCUACCAACCUGCUGGCUAGUCCCAUCCUGCUUGUCACCAGAGUUUUCAGAGGGAAUGAAGUGGCUCGACGUCACUGCUCAGGCUGAGGCAGCCGGCCCGGCCCUCCUGUGCUCUUCUUGUUAUAAAGAGAACCUCACCAGGGACCUCAGCUGAUGUCCUCAGUCCUCCUGCUGCCUCUGCCCACCUAGGUCUGGGCCAGCACUGGGCAGACGUGCCCCUUUCCCACCCCUUUCUCCUCUGGCAGGUGCACAAGUUGACUGGUGCCCAGGACAUUUGAGGCAGAUUCAGGGGAAGACACCCCAGCCCCUGGGAGGCCUGGCCCUCCCCACACCAUUUAGGUUGGAGGGCUCAUCAGCAAUGGGUCAGGUAGCCCACCCUUUGAUGUUACAGCUGGAAACCUGAGCCAAGAGAGAGGGGCACCUGCCCCGGGCCUCGCAGCAAGCGAGCGUCAGAGCCAGAGACGAAAACGGGAACAUGACCAGCCCCUCGUCCUCCCUGCGGAGGAAUGGCCCUAGGCCAGGGUCCCGACUUGUCUUAGUAAACUUCUGGCCCUGAGAGUCACCUCUUCCCACCCUGGCCUCCUCUGCCUUCACGCUGGUGCCCCUAGCUAGGAGCUGCUAUGGGAACACCCACCCAUACCAUGACCCGCAGGUUGUCAGAGCCAGAAGGGACCUGAGCCCCGUUCACCAGACACCCCAACAGCCGUGCUGAGCCUCUCCUUCACUGUAGCUGUGCUUCGCUGCCUGAGGGCUCCCCAGACACUAAGCUUGCCACGCCCAGACUUGGACUGGUGUGGACACCGAUGGCAAAACAGGAGAAGCACAGGUGCUCAGUUGCUAGGGACCCAUUUCUCAGAGAAGGAAGUCACCCUGGGGCUUGGGGCAAGCUGAGAUGAGCAGGUUCACCCACACCGUGGAGGAGUGCAGCCCCCAUGGGGAGGGGUGGGGGGUGGCCAGGACCACCCCAGACCCACCUGGUGUGCAUUCCCGAGCACUAUGGGGCUAGGGCAGGAAACCCAAGGGAAGAGGGCAGAACUUUCUGGUCUCCUGGGGAAGGGGCAAAAAGUGAGGGGUGGACAGGGGGAGUCUUGGAGAGAAGCCAAGUUCCACUUCUCUGCUGGGAGUCGAGGCUCAGGAGGACGGAGUGGGUGCACAGGAGGGACAGGAAGCCUGCUUCACCUAGCAGAGCCCUGUCUGCCUGCCCUGGGAAACCUCCCAGCUGCUCUGCUAUCCAGGAGACAAAAGGGGGCCACAGAGAGGGGGACGCUGGUUGCAGGGGUCAGACCAAGGGAUGAGCAGAACCUAGAGGAGAAGGCUGUGGGGCAGGCGCCUGGAGGGACCCGGGGGGUGAACGGGAAGAGUUUACGCCCAGAUGAGCAGGUCUGGCCAGGGUCAGUCCCCAGCACAGGGAGGGGGGCAGCCUCUUUUCCUUUAGGGGGCUCUGCGGCCCCUGGCAAUGCAGCUGCCCUGCCCACUCAUCUGGAUGUCCCCUCACUGCACACGCAGGGAGCCUAGGGGACUGCCCCCCGCCUUGCCUUGCCCAGCGGGGGUGCAGCCUGGGCUGACUGCCCUGUGGGGGGGUCACAUGCAGGCGUGCGCACACACUCACGCCCAGUGCUCACGGCUCGCAGGCACACGCGGCCCGGAUCAGGGGAGCGGGAAGGCGUGGCACUCUGUGUGGCCCCUGGAAGGUGCCAUUGCCAACGAGCCCCUCGGCCGGGCCCCUGUCCCAACCCAGGGUGGCAGGGACGCGGCACAGCCAGGCGUGGGAGCAGCCACGGGCACUCCUCGUUUUCCUUGUACAGACUCUCGCUGCCCACCCGCCAUCCCCACACACAUUUUAUUUAAUAACUUGUCAUUGUUAAAUUAUUUAUUAGCGUUCACCACGCCACCACCCCGCCUUCCACUCUCACCUUCUGCCUCCUCCCACAAAGCAGGAAAUGGAAACAACAAGAAAAGAUGAGACA